CGUUGAAUAGCACACAAUUCGCCUCAAGUGGCGGUCUUGUCGAACUCUCAAUAAACGGGACAAUGUCAUGGGAUAUACAUGGACACUUAAAAUCAACUUUGCAGUUUUUAAGAUGAUGCUCGAGCAACAGCGUGAUCCUUUAUAAAACUCGCAUUUGGCUUAAAUCAUAAUGUCGAGUCUGGUCGAUGUAUUCACUGAUAAAGGAACGACAAACUGGUUGAAGGCAUGGCUGGCAGUGGAUAUUGCAAAGUCAGGCUUAGAUCAGUUCGCAGAUAACGAGGCUAAAAAUGUACAUGCCAAUAUAUACAACACUGUCUGGUCAAGUGGUCAGUUUCCAGCUAUGUGCAUCGGCUGUUGCACCGCAAACUUGCUGAAAUGCCCAACACCAGGAAUAUGCAAUAAACGAGGUACAAACAGCUUGUGUCAGGGUAUGCAUGAUACCAUAGCAAAGCAACCUCGACCUUGUCCUACUAACGUGUGUAAUAAAGUUUUCGACGAAAUUAAAACUCUGCACAAAUUUUCCAUUCCUUCUUGGAAAAACACAAGUGCAGAGCAAUGGGCACGAAAUCCUUGGGAAAUUGCCAAGGCGUAUUUACCUAAAGACGGAUAUGCUGAAAAGAGUUCAGUCCAAGAUACAGACUUCAACGGAAUCAUCAGUUUUAUGAUGAACUGCAAACACUUCGACAACAAGUUUUCUUUUCCUAUUGCUACCGGAAAACACAAUCCUCCGUGUCUACUGACUAAAGCGCGAGAAAUUGGCAGAACUGUCCGUCAUUCGUCCCAGUGUAAAGUCACCGACGCAGAUCUGCAGGACAUCUUCACAACACUGACUAACCUGCUUAGUGACCAAACGAGUCUUACACUUGACGUCACUGCUCUGGAGGCUGUGAAGAAACUAGCAGAGCUGCAAAAGGAGACAUUAAAGAUAACCACGGGGGAAAUGAUUCAUUUACUAGACGCGGCAAACGAUACACUCAAGAAAGUUCAAAAUAUUGCUGAUAAAUCUCUGGAUGAGAUGCAGGUGUACCUUAAUCAGUGUAAAAAGGAUCUAAAGUCACACACAGACACAUGUAAACAUGAACUGGAUGACCAUACUGCCAAAUGUACAAAGGCCAUAGAUGGACAUGCUAGCAAGGCUGUGGAAUCGACCUAUGAGCAAUCUUGUAAAGAUUUUCGCGAAAGAUUGAUUUGGUUCUAUACGACGGACAGGAGUACUGUGUCUGUAUCGCCGCUAUGGAUGAGUCUUGACAAACCCGUCUUUGAUAUUUUCGUGCAACCGAAAUUGAGUCUUUACAAUAUUGAGAAAGAUGGAUCUCGAACAAAAGCGAACAAAGCGAUUAACAAAUACAUGGACUUUUUUAACAGCGAUAUAAAGGUCAAACGUGUGUUUGUUCAAGGAGACCCCGGAAUAGGAAAGUCUACAUUCCUAACUAAACUUGUGCUUGACUGGUGCAACGUAGUAUCUGUGCACAAUCCUGAUAACAAAGCUACAUUUACUGAUGCUAAAACGUUGAAGGACUUUCAAUUUCUGUUUCACAUUUCACUAAGAGAUGCAAUGGGUCAGCGUGAGGUUAUAGAAAUGAUCAAAGCACAAAUAAUCGACAACAUUUACUACACGGGCGCUAAACAAACAAAGGUAUUUGAGCUUUUACAACAAAUCCUUGAACGAGAGACUUGUCUCAUUACUAUGGAUGGACUGAACGAGUGGGUUGAUCAUUUGAAUCAGCACGUUGUACCUAGAAUUCCAAGCUCUCAAACAAACUGCGUAUCGAUAAUAACAACACGACCGUGGAAAAUGGCGGACGAGCGGAUCAAAGUUUCUGAAAUUGACAGACUGCUUGAAAUUGAAGGGAUAACAGAUUCAGAACAGCUAAUAAAGCAACUAAUACUCAGUCUCCAGACUGGUAACAACAGGACAUUAACUGAAUUCAUGACGUUCGUUAACGAACGUCACUUUAUGCAUUCUCUUACGUCGCCCUGGAUACAGGCGUUGAUAGUUAAUGUAUGGAUAAGCAAAACGGAUGUUAGGGGUUCAUUGUGUGAAAUGAAUUGUGUUCUACUAGACCUACUUUUCAAGAAGGCCAAUGCGACAGAGGGAUCUUUUAAAAACGGAUGCUCUAUUGAGUGUUUAUCAAGUACGAGAUAUAUAAAGAAACAAUUGAAUAUAUUUAAUGCGCUCGCAAAUGCUGCGUUUCAAUUUACAUUUUCAUCGAACAAAUCUCUUACGUUUAGUAAACAGGAAUUAGGGAAAUAUUUAUCUAAAACACAUUUGCAAUUUUGCCUCAAUGCUGGUGUCUUAACAGCAAGGUUCGUUUCCGUAAACGUUGCACAGGGUCUCCAAUUUUCAUUUACGCACGAGACAGUCCAAGAGUUUCUGGCAGCAUUUCAUAUCGCAAAUUCAAAGCAUGACCUGCUUGCAAAUUUCAAACCUGAACAUAAAUAUAAUGUGUUAGAAAUGAGUCAGACGGUUAUUUAUCUGUAUGGACUUCACUGCGAGACAGGUAAUAAACUACUCAACCGUUUAGUAGACGGAGAUUUCCUCAGUGACAUAAGCAAAGGACUAAGCUUGUACAUAAAGCAUUAUCGGGAAAACUUAUCAGCAUUUCAGAGAGACAAAUACACAAAGGAAACCGUUCUAAAAUCAAAUCUUAAUCAGAUGAAUUGCGAUGCACGUUGUCUUGCAAUAUCAGUCUUGUUCCAGCAGAUGGUUAUAGCUGUUUUAAAUGAGGCCAACACCAGCGGUCAGAAGGAAAUUAGUUUAAAAUGUAUGGAUUUCACAUUCAAUGAAUAUCUUCUUGAUUCGGAUUCAAAGGCAUUAAAGCAACUUCUAAUUUUUAACAAGUCAAAUGUUCGGUCACUUAUUUUGGAAAGCAACGUUCUAGAAGAAAGUGAAUUACUGUCAGUCAUGCAACAGUCAAAAAAUAGUCUUGAACGUUUGAAGACUACAGUGACCCCGGAAAUUUAUAAAGCCUUACAUAAUUUGAAAAUAAAGGAGCUGCAUUUUAUCGGACAAAUCGAAGAAUCAUCAUUGUCCAAUGUUCUUCCGUCGUUGUCUAACUUAAUAUAUUUUUCCAUAGAAGAUUCAAAUCUUUUGGAACGAACACUUCUUCCUGGUACAUUACAAGAUAUUUAUUUGCUAAAAUGUACUUGUACGGCCGUGUUUCUUCGUCGCCUACUAGUGUAUUUAUCAUUUUUAAAACAUGAUGUGCAAUUGUAUUUUGAAGCUGUGACUGUUACGGAUUCCAAUACACAAAUAUUCCAGUCAGAAAUAUUGUUAUGCGAUAUGACAAAUAUCAACCUAAAUAUUGAACAGGGCAAUACUGCCCAAUAUGACACACUGCGUUUUACAUCUAUCGGGGCACUAGGCCUACAUACGGCUGGUGAUGUCUCGUUAGCGUCAAAUAUUAUGUGCACUCUCAGUAAAUUAACACAGCUUGAUUUGUUUGGGACUUAUAGUGAGCGAUGUACUUUACAGCUGCCUGAUACAUUGCAAUGCAUAUCAUUGAAUGAAGUUGAAUGUUCAUCUGAGUGGCUGUGCAGCUUGUUGAUCGCGCUUUCUAGAUUAGAUCAUUCUGUAGAGUGUGUGCUGUGGGAUGUUGUAUUGCAGCCAUGUGAAUUCUCUUGCGGAGACGACUCAAAAACACAAAUCUCUGAUUUGCGAUUAGAAAUGCUGUCAUUUGAUAUGUCCAACAUGACAAUUUCGGUAAAAAAUGGCAGUGUUGAACUAUUUGAAAGCAUACGUGAUACAAAUAUAGGGACUUUGAAUCUGUUUACGGCAGAGUGUGCCUCAUUAGCAUCAAAGAUUAUGUACACACUCAAGAAAUUAAAAAAGCUUAUUUUGUGGGGUACUUAUAGUGAGCGAUGUACUUUACCAAUGUCUGCUACAUUACAAUGCAUAUCAUUGCAGAAAGUUGAAUGUUCAGCUGAGUGGCUGUGCAGAUUGUUGAUCGCGCUUUCUAGAUUAGAUCAUUCCGUAGAGUGUGAGCUGUGGGAUGUUGUAUUGCAGCCAUGUACAUUCUCUUGCGGAGACGAUUCAAAAACACAAAUCUCUGAUUUGCGAUUAGAAAUGCUGUCAUUAGAUAUGCCCAACAUGACAAUUUUUGUAAAAAAUGGCAGUGUUAAACUGUUUGAAAUCUUACGUGAUACAAAUAUAGGGACUUUGAAUCUGUUUACGGCAGAUUGCGCCACAUUAGCAUCAAAGAUUUUGUGCACUCUCAAGAACUUAAAAAAACUUAUUUUGUGGGGGACAUAUAGUGAGCGAUGUACUUUACAGCUGCCUGCUACAUUACAAUGCAUAUCAGUGCACAAAGUUGAAUGUUCAGCUGAGUGGCUGUGCAGUUUGUUGAUCGCGCUUUCUAGAUUAGAUCAUUCUGUAGAGUGUAAGCUGUGGGAUGUUGUAUUGCAGCCAUAUGAAUUCUCUUGCGGAGACGAUUCCAACACACAUAUCUCUGAUUUGCGAUUAGAAAUGCUGUCAUUUGAUAUGCCCAACAUGACAAUUUUUGUGGAAAAAGGCAGUGUUGAACUAUUUGAAAUCUUACGUGAUACAAAUUUAGGGACUUUGAAUCUGUUUACGGCAGAUUGCGUCUCAUUAGCAUCAAAGAUUAUGUACACUCUCAAGAAAUUAAAAAAGCUUAUUUUGUGGGGGACUUAUGGUGGGCGUUGCACUUUACAGCUGCCUGAGACAUUACAAUGCAUAUCAUUGCAGAAAGUUAAAUGUUCAGCUGAGUGGCUGUGCAGCUUGUUGAUAGAGCUUUCUUCAUUAGAUCAUUUUGUAGAGUGUGAGCUGUGGGAUGUUGUAUUGCAGCCAUGUGAAUUCUCUUGCGGAGACGAUUCAAAAACACAAAUCUCUUAUUUGCGAUGAGAAAUGCUGUCAUUUGAUAUGUCCAACAUGACAAUUUUUGUAAAAAAUGGCAGUGUUGAACUGUUUGAAAUCUUACGUGAUACAAAUAUAGGGACUUCGAAUCUGUUUACGGCAGAUUGCGCCUCAUUAGCAUCAAAGAUUCUGUACACUCUCAAGAAAUUAAAUAAGCUUAUUUUGUGGGGGACUUAUAGUGAGUGAUGCACUUUACAGCUGCCUGCUACAUUAUAACUAAUGCCAUUGGAUAAAGUUGAAUGCUUAGCUGAACGGCUGUUCAGCUUUUUGAUCGCGCUUUCUUCAUUAGAUCAUUCUGUAGAGUGUGAGCUUUGGGACGUUGUAUUGCAGCCAUGUAAAUUCUCUUGAUAAGACGAUGCCAAAACACAUAGCUCUGAUUUGCGAUUAGAAAUGCUGUCAUUUGAUAUGCCUAACAUGACAAUUUUUGUUAAAAAUGGCAGUGUUGAACUGUUUGAAAUCUUACGUGAUACAAAUAUAGGGACUUCGAAUCUGUUUACGGCAGAUUGCACCUCAUGAGCAUCAAAGAUUCUGUACACUCUCAAGAAAUUAAAAAAGCUUAUUUUGUGGGGGACUUACAGUGAGCGUUGUACUGUACAGCUGCCUAAGACAUUGGAAUGCAUAUCAUUGCAGAAAGUUGAAUGUUCAGCUGAGUGGCUCUGCAGGUUGUUGAUUGCGCUGUCUUCAUUAGAUCAAUCUGUACGUUGUCAUUAUUUGGAUGUUGUAUUGCAGCCUUGGGAAUAUUCAUCCGGAAGAGAUUCCCAAACACAUGUAUCUGAUUUGCGAUCUGAAAUGCUGUCACUUGAUAUGACACACAUGACAAUUGAUGUGGAAAAUGGUAGUGUUGAACUGUCUGAAAUAUUGCGUGAUACCAGUAUAGGGAUCCUGGUAUUGAGAAAGGCAGAUUGUGCCUCAUCUGCGUCCAGGAUUAUGUGUACUCUUAAGAAAUUGACAAAGCUUUUUUUGUGGGGGACUUACAGUGAGUGAUGUACUGUACAGCUGCCUAAGACAUUGAAAUGCAUAUCAUUGCAGAAAGUUGAAUGUUUAGCUGAGUGGCUCUGCAGCUUGUUGAUUGUGCUUUCUUCAUUAUAACAUUCUGUACAGUGUGAGAUGUAUGAUGGUAUUAUGCAGUCAUUUGAAUACUCUUGCGGAGGAGAAUCCCAAACACAUGUAUCUGAUAUGCGAUCUGAAAUACUGACACUUGAUAUGACACACAUGACAAUUUUGGUGGAAAAUGGACAUGUUGAACGGUUUGAAAUAUUGCGUGAUACAAGUAUAAGGAUCCUGGACCUGAAAAAUGCAGAGUGUGCCUGAUAUGCGUCGAAGAUUCUGCACACUCUCAAGAAUUUAACAAAGCUUUAUUAGUGGGGAACACUGCAAUGCAUAUCAUUGCAAAAAGUUGAAUGUUCAGCUGAGUGGCUCUGCAGCUUGUUGAUUGCGCUUUCUCCAUUAGACCAUUCUGUACGGUGUGAGUUGUGGGAUAUUCUAUUACAGCCAUGUUCAGAAAACUAUGGAGACGAUUCUCAAACACAUAUAUCUAAUAAGCGAUCUGAAAUACUGUCACGUAACAUGUCCUAUAUUAAAAUUAUUGUUUAAAAUGGAAGUGCUGAACUGUUUGAGUUAGUUUGUAGUUCAACAAUUGGGAUCCUGGACCUGAAAACAGCCGACUUUUCCUAAUCAGCAUCAAAGCUUUUCUACACGCUCAGGCAGUGAACAGAGCUUAAGUUUUGUGUGUGAUUUGGGCACUUGACCACUGCCUGCUUAAUUGCAGUACAUACAUGUUUCAUUGUAGACAGUUUAAUGUUUAGCUGAGUGGGUGUGCGGCUUUUUGGUCGCGCUUUCUUCAUUAGAUAAUUCGGUAGAGUGUGAAUUAAUGGAUGUCGUAUUUCAGCCAUUUAGAGACGUACGUGGAGAUGGUUUCUUAAUAUAUGCAUCUGAUUUUCGAUGUGAUAUAUUGUCACAUGACAUCACAUGUACAGAUUUUAAGUAUGGGUGGUAAAUGGCUGUAAUGAGCUGUAUAAAACGUGCUGGGUACAUAAACAUAAAUCCUGACGCUGAAAACAGCAGAAUGUGCAUCAUUAUCAUCAAAACUUCUUUACACUUUUAAUAAAUUAACAAAGAUAUUGUUUGGGGGACUAAGUGAGCGAUGUUCUUUACAGCUGCCUGUCACUUGAUAUGUCCAUGAUUGAACACUUUGAUGAAAAAUUGUAUUGUUGAACUGUAAUUAAUGUGUUACCUGAUACAAACAUAGGGAUUCUGGACCUGACUACGGCAGAUUGUGCCUUAUUAGCAGCAGUGAUUCUGUACAUUCUUUAUGCAUUUACAAAGCUUUAAUUGUGGGGAACGUAUAGUGAGCGAGGCACUUUACAGCUGCCUGCGCCAUUGCAAUGCAUAUCAUUGUAUGAAUUUGAAUGAUCAUCUGAGUGGCUCUGCAAUGUGAUGAUUGUUGAACCUUGAGAACGUACAUGUAUCAGUAUGCCAUUUAACCAUCAAAGAUAUGCUUCAUUAAAUUAAAAAUGUUGUAUUUUGUGGAAGACUUAUAGUUAUUGAUGAACAAUACACCUGUCUUCAAUAGUGCAACGCAUAUCACUUAAUGAAGCGGAAUUUUCAAUUGAGUGGUUGCACAGCUUGUCGACUACGCUUGCAUCAUUAUAUCAUUUUGUGAAGGGUUCGCUUUUGGAUUUUAGAUUUGAGGCGCCUGAGGUUGUCUGUUGCAAAGAUUCCCAUUAAUAUGUUUCUGAAUUGCGAUCUUAUACAUUGUCACUUGCUAUGUCCAAAAUAAAGAUAUCGAUGGAAAUUGGCAGUGUUUAACUCUUUGAAAUCUAUCCUAAAGGUGUAUGGGGAUAUUGAGCCUAAAACGGCUGAUUGAGUCUCAUUAGCAUCAAGCAUCCUCUAAAUGAUCAACGUGCUAAUAAAGUAAAUUUUGCGGACGUAUUAUAUUAACCAAUUUACUGCACAGCUGUCUGCUGGUAACAAGUACACACACCUAAAGUCCUUGGAUAAAUUUAACAUCAUAUUUGUUGGAUAAUACAUAAAAAAUUUUUGGUGCGUUAUGUACUUUUACCUAUGUAUUUAUGCUUAACAACAACAACAUGUCUGCAAGAACCGUGUUGAUAUCUCGAACAUAAGCUUUCUUUUUUUGUUGCGCGUGUAAAAUUGUUAUGUCUGUAUUGUUAAUAUGUCCUUUACAAAGCAUUCUGUAAAUAAUAUA